AAUUAAUAGAAAAAUAAUAAUAAUAGAAAAAUGGGGUGCGAUAAAAGAGGAGAUGGAGACGGAAAUAAUAAUAAUACUAAUAAUCGCCGCGGAUCAUCGGAAGCAGUUGACGAGGAUGAAGUUCCAUACACGGGGCUCCGGACGAUGUUUGUUUGCAGCACCCAUCGUGAUCCAGUCACUCGCCAAGAGAUAAAUGCCAGCCGUCGAAAGCUCAAGGAACAUGGCUUACUUGAACCAACAUCUCGAGUGACUAAAGACGAUCCCCGGUUUGGAUAUAAAAUCGUUGAAACUCUCGGUGGACCUGUAAUUGGUUACGUCAUCAAUGGACGUGCAACUUCAGCCUCUGCAAAAAGAAGAAAAGCUGAGAAAAGAAAAAAAAAAACAAGCCGGAAGUAAGCCCGUGGUGAACCCUGUAGCGGGUUCAUCUCGAGCAACUGCAACUGGUACAAAAGCUAUGGGGAUACAGGGAUGCUUUUUCAAGCACCCCCUAGAGGAUCUUGACGAGCCUGCUGAAUCAUUGCUCGAAAAUCUAAUCCCUGCAGCAGAUUCAUUUUUUGAGAUUGGUACGGUGGCCAGUGUGAAAGGAGGAUCUGUUCUAAUCAAGGAUCUUGACGAGUCAAGUGAAGUCUUGCUCAAAUCUGCUGAACCCUAUAGUCAAUACAUGAGACACUGCUUUAUUUAAAUCCACUCUUACAGUGGUUUAAGGUUUUUACCAAUUUAUUACUAGUUAGGUUUCAUUACUAUUUAAAUAACUUGGUUUAUGUUUUCCUUUUUUUUUUUUUUUUUUUUUUGCACGGCAAACUUGGUUUAUGUAUUUAUGUACCUUUGUUUGGUACUUUUUAUGAAAUGAAAGUGAUUAUGUUGUGAUUUGA